ACGCCGCGUGGAAAUGAUGCGGACCCAGUAACCUCAACCAGAAGGUGCCUCCUAGCUGUUUGGAGUUGGGAGAGGCGUGUGGACGGCAUUAAACUGCUUCUAAAUGAAGGUUUUCUGAUCAACAACCAGCCAGGGAGCCCACCUCCCUAACUGUGACUCCUGCUCAGAUACGGGGACCAUUGUGAGUCCUUGUGAUACGCAGCCAUGUCCAUGUUCAGCACGGGCAUCCUUGUGCUGACCUCCCCUCUCCAGACCCUCCCUCUGCGCAUCGCCCCAGUGCUCAGCUCGGCGGCCCAGCUCGUGGACCGCACGCUGUACGUCCACCUCCACCCCGGCCUCAACCUGAGCAGCGGGAGCCAACCUCGGCCCGCUUUCAUGCCACCCGUGGUGGACCUGUCCACGCUCAUCGCGCGGCUUUACAACAACGCGGCGGACGUCUGCGGCCACCUGGACGUGCGGGUCUUGCUCACCAACAUCCGCGCCCAGCCGUCCGCCUGCGGCGGGACCGCGGCUCCGAACUCGCCCUUCCCCACGCCGCAGCCUCUGUUUCACUGCCCGGAGGUGGUGCUGACCGACUUUGCACCCCAGGACGCGCAUCAGUCCCGUCAGGUUAAGCAGUGUCUGGAGAAGUACGCCGGACACUGUUACGUGUGCAGACCCGGCAUCUCAUCGGUGCUGCUUCACCCGCAGCCGGUGAAGCAGCAGCAGCAGCAGCAGGAGAGCCAGGAUGCGGCCAGAAAUGGCGACGAACGGAAAGCCGAGCCCAUGGAGACCUACAGCGAUGUUGUGGUAGGAGGCACGUUUGACCGCCUCCACGGGGCCCACAAGACGCUGCUGAGCGUCUCGUGUCUGCUGGCCAACAGAAGGUUUGUCAUUGGUGUGUGCGACCAGGCAAUGCUUAAAAAAAAAGUUUUAAAGGAGCUGAUUGAGCCGUACUCUGUGCGUGUGCAGAGACUCCGGGAGUUUCUGCAAGACACCAAACCCUCACUGCAGGUGGAGAUUGUGCCACUUGAGGACCCCUUCGGAGUGUCCAUAGUGGACCCUCUGCUGAAGUGCAUCGUGGUUAGCGAGGAGACCCGAAAGGGGGGCGAGGCUGUCAACAAGAAACGCAUCGAGAAAGGCCUUCCACUUCUCGUCCUUCAUGAGAUCCAGCUGCUGAAGGAUGCCCACCGCGACGAGAUUGAGGAAGAGAAGAUCAGCUCCUCCAGUCUUCGCUCUCGCCUGCUUGGCACCCUCCUCACCCCGCCUAAAGACCCUUCCCACCUCCCUCCUACUCCGUACGUGAUCGGUCUGACGGGUGGCAGCGGCAGCGGAAAGAGCUCUAUCGCCAAACAGCUGGAGGUUCUCGGCGCAGCUCGGAUCGACUGCGACAAACUGGGCCAUGAGGUGUACCAGCUCGGUACAGAAGCCUAUCACAAAGUGCUCCGCGAAUUUGGAUCAGAAAUCCUGAAUGAGGAUAAAACCAUCAACCGUCGUGCAUUAGGAGCCAAGGUGUUUGGGAACCAGGAGCGGUUAAAAUGUCUAACAGACAUUGUGUGGCCUGAGAUUGCACUGCUGGUGAAGCGAACAAUAAACCGAGCCAGAGAAGAAGGUAAGGAGGUUUGUGUGGUGGAUGCAGCUGUUCUUCUCGAGGCCGGCUGGACAGACCUGGUCCACGAGGUUUGGGUCACCAUCAUUCCUGAGGAGGAGGCCAUAGUAAGAAUAACCGAACGGGAUGGGAUCAGCGCAGAAGAUGCCCUGCGCAGGCUGCACAGUCAGUGGCCAAACGGCAAACAAGUCGAGCACGCUAACGUAGUGCUGAGCACUCUGUGGGAGCCAGAGGUCACUCGGAAACAGGUACUAAAAGCUUGGAAACUUCUUCAGAAGAGAAUCCAGCAGAAGAAAGAGCGAUGAUGGGGAACGCGUCUGGAUUAGAUCAGCUUUGACUUGGGCAGAGAAAACGCAGAGGGACGCGUGCGUGCGCCGGUGAGCGAUCCGCAGGAGGAAGCGCUGCCUUAAAGAUGGAGGACGGUCAUUACGCAUCUGCAGGAAAACAAGCAGGCUCCCUCACUUCUGUCAACAAGAGCUCAGUGCCUCGCCCUCCUUUACGGAGACUUUUAAGUGUUUUACGUCCAAGAUGCUUGAUUUAAAGACGGGUGUGAAAAAGCGAACUUGGAAACGACAUUUUUGAUUUUUAAUGAGCUGUAACCAAGCGAGCUUUAGGUCAGAUUUCGUCUAAUGAUCUUUUUUUCCUUUAAAAAGUUUGACUUUAAAUGAUCAGUGAGUUAUCUCAAAGUUGUUUAAAUUCUUGGCUGCAUCUAAAUGUCAAUAUUGUACAUUAAAGUGCUAUGGUUCUGUCAUAUGUAGACUGAUUUGUAAAGAAAGCCUUGUUUGACAAAUCAAUGUUAAAGUCUUUCAGCUCAGUGGUGUUUAUAGAAGUCAGUUUCCAUAAAUGAAAGAUUGAAUAAAGUGUUUUGUCUGUAACACUGUAACCUAAAUUUAUCCAGCAUUCAAUCUAAUUUGUUGUCUGAAAUUACAGGAGGGGAGGGUGGGUGAUAUGUUUUUGAUACAUUUAGGUUUGCAAAAAGUAUGCAAAUACUGUGAUUUGGACAUGCAAUCUUAAAUUUUGCUUUUAAUAUUGCAUGCCACCGUACUGCAUGCAUUAACACUAAAUAAAUACUUUUGUAAUAAGUCA